GGUGUGGGAGUCACUAGGGACCUGAAAAUCACCGCACCUACUCCUCCGUGCUCCGAUUGACCUCGAAAGAUUCACCUCUGAGGAAGAAAUCCAGAGGAGGCAGAAGAGGAAAGAAAAGAGGUCAAGAAUGGCUCUUUCUCAGGGACAUUUGACCUUUAAGGAUGUGGCCAUCGAAUUCUCUCAGGAGGAGUGGGAAUGCCUGCACCCUGCUCAGAGGGCCCUGUAUAGGGACGUGAUGCUGGAGACCUACAGGAACCUGCUCUCUGUGGCUGUCUCUCAUAUACAUGUGAUCAAGAAAUUGAAACCAAAAGCAAACAGUGAUACAGGAGUAUUCCAGAGAGUGAUGUUGGGAAGAUAUGAAAGUCAGGAAGUCCGAGAUUUUUACUUCACGGAAAUCCAGGAAAAUAUGCAUGUCUUUGAGUGUCAGUGGACAGAUGAUGAAGGAAAUGACAAAGGAAUGCCUGUUAACAAUAAUGAAAAUCUCACUGAUGGAAAAAAUCAACAUGGUAGAAGGGAUCCAGGAAUCAAACCUAUUGAAAAUAAGCUUGCAUUAAGCUUUCAGGAUGAAUGGUGUAUAUUUAAAAGUGAAGAGAAAAUUGAUGAAUUUAAUGAAGCUGACAAGAGUAGCAACAGUAGCACCUCAUUUUUACCAUUGCAGACAAUUUCUCCUAUUGUCCAAACCAACAUUUCUAAUCCGUAUGGGAAUGAUUUUAUUCACCCUUCAAUACUGACACAAGACCAGAAAGCAUACAAGGAAAAACCUUAUAAAUGUAAUGAGUGUGACAAAACCUUUCCUUACAGCUCAAACCUCAGCAGACAUCAGUUAAUCCAUACAGGAGAGAAACGUUAUAAUUGUGAUGUAUGUGGUAAGGUGUUUAGUCGAAAUUCACACCUCGCGUGUCAUCAGAGAAUUCAUACAGGAGAGAAACCUUACAAAUGUAAAGAGUGUGGCAAAACCUUUAAUCAGUGCUCAAACCUCACUAGACAUCAGUUGAUCCAUACAACAAAGAAAGCCUAUGAAUGUGAUGUCUGUGGCAAGGUCUUCAGUCGAAAAUCAGUUCUUGUAAGUCAUCAGACAGCGCACUUUGGAGAGAAAUCUUACAAAUGUAAUGAAUGUGGCAAAGCCUUUAGGAAGCGCUCAAGCCUUACUCAGCAUAAGAGAAUCCAUACAGGAGAGAAACCUUACAGAUGUAAUGAGUGUGGGAAGGCCUUUAGGAAGCAUUCAAACCUUACUCAACAUAAGGUAGUCCAUACUGGAGAGAAACCUUACAGAUGUAAUGAGUGUGGCAAAGCAUUUAGUGUUCACUCAGCCCUAAGGAACCAUCAGAUAAUCCAUACAGGAGAAAAACCAUACAAAUGUGAUGUCUGUGGCAAGGUCUUCAGUCGAAAUUCAAUCCUUGCAAGUCAUCAGAGGCUGCACACUGGGGAGAAACCUUAUAAGUGUAAAGAAUGUGGUAAGUCAUUUAUGCAACGUUCACUCCUUUGGAUUCAUGAGAAAAUCCAUACUGGUGAGAAACCUUACAAAUGUAAUGAAUGCGGCAAAGCCUUUCCCGUGCGGUCAAUCCUUACUCAACAUAUGAGAAUCCAUACUGGGGAGAAACCUUAUAUAUGUACUGAGUGUGGCAAAGCCUUUACGAAACAUUCAAAUCUUACUCAACAUAAGACCACCCACACUGGAGAGAAACCUUACAAAUGUGAUGAGUGUGACAAAGCUUUUACCCAAGUUUCAAGUCUUAGUAGGCAUCAGAGAAUGCACAGUGGAAAGAAACCGAGUAAAUGCAAUGUGUGUGUUAAGCCUUUGAUCCAACAUUCGCAGCUUUGGGAUCUUGAGAGAACUCAUACUGGAGAGAAACCUUACAAAUAUGAUGUGUGCUGUAAGGCGUUGGUCCAGCAUUCACAACUUUGCAGUCAUGGGAAAACUCUCACUGGAGAACUCAAAUGCAGUUUAUGUGGCAAGGCUUUUAUCCAGCAUUCAAGCCUUGUGGCACAUCAGAGAAUUCAUACAGGAGAAAGACCUUAUAAAUGUAAUAAAUGUGAUAAGGCUUUUACCCAAAAUUCACAACUUUGGCGUCACGAGAGAACUCAUAUUGGAGAGAAGCCUUAUCAAUGUAACGAGUGUGGCAAAGCCUUUACAGAUGGUUCACAUCUCAAUCGACAUAAGAUCAUUCAUACUGGCGAGAAACCUUACAAAUGUCAUGAGUGUGGCAGAGCUUUUACUCAGUUUACAAACCUGGGUAGGCAUCAGAAAAUACAUACUGAAAAGAAACAUAAACCUAGUCUAUGUGGCAGUGCUUUUAUUAAAAGCUGAAGCUUUGGGCAUCAUUGAAAAAUUAAUAAUAGAAAUCUUACAAAUAUAAUGAUUGAGAUAAAAUGUAUGUAGGUAGUCAGACCUUAAAAUCAGAGACCCCCUCAAGGAGAGAAAUCAUUUAAAACAUACGUAUGUGGCAAAGCCUGUAACUGUGCCUAACAUUUAUUUGGUGGCAGAAUGUACAUCUUUAAGAAAAACCACACAAAAUUUUGGCAAAGUUUAAGCCUUCUGGAAUGUAACAAAAUUCUUACUAGAGAGAAACUAUAUAAAUAUGAUGCCUGUGAUUAGUGUCAAAAAUG